UAUUGUCAGAUUUCUUGAAACGUAAACACCGCGCGGCCGUUGAAAUGUUUCAAAAAGGGGCUUUGCACAAAAGUUCACGCGGUCUAUCGUUUUCGAAAGGAACAGCCGCACCGUAGGAAACGCCGCAAUGUUAAUUCCCAUAAGGAUGAAGUAAACAGGGAGUGAAAACCGCGGCUGUACCUUUCGGAAGCGAUAGGCCGCGUGCACUUUUGUGCAAAUCCCUCAAUAUAUGAGAUGUGUGAUGCAGUAGAAGGCAAAAGAACCAAAACAAUUUCGCCAUCGUAAAAACACCCAAGUUAAUGCAGUUUGAAUUUAUUUGGAAUUAAAUUAAAUUGAAGUGCGUUUAAUUCAGUUAUAAAUAGGAGUGCGGUGAAAUGCAAUAUCGGGAAAUUAUCCGUACCUCGAUCACAACCUGUAUACCGAUAACUGUAGAAUCCUGAAACAAGGAAAAGUAGGCCAAAAAGCUACCGCGCGACUAAAUCACAUUGUAAGUAGAUACCAAUAGAGAUACCAUGUGAUAGUUAAUAGAAGGAGCAUAAUGCAAUUCCAAAAUUAGCAUCCGUGCGACGAACACCGAUUAGGGUAACGGUCCCAAGUAUCAUCCAACGCGGACGAAUCAUUCGGAAAGGAAUCGUGGUAGAGGAAACCACUUAAUUGUGAGUAGUAUUAAGAUAAGUUAUGUAAGAAAAAUAUUUAAUUAUUGCGUUUAAUAAAUUGCAGUUUAAGCAUCGCUGUAAACAAAACGGCUGCUUUAAAAACCGGUUUCCCUCUCGGGAACAUUCUUAAAAAUUAAGUGACACCCGCGAAGUGAUUCCCGCGUUGUGAAGACUGUCAACCUGCAGCAAGAUGGCUUCCGAUGCAGAAUCCACCCACGACCAAACCAUCAUGGACCUGACGGCGACUCCGUGCGCCAUCUGUGGCCCGUCUACGCGCGACGAAGUGAUGGUCGGCUGUGACGGAUGCGCGGAAUGGUUCCACAUCCGUUGCGUGGGCAUCGAGGAGGGCAAACUGCCGAAGAAGUGGUACUGCCAAAGCAAGGCCUGUCAGGAGAAGGCCCAGGAGUACCAGCAGAAGCAGAAGGACGCCAAGAAGCAGGCUCGCACCCGGAAAAACGGCAACGAGUCGGACAAAUCCAGCGUCAGCUCUCGCCUAGCUUCGUCUAGCGUGGAAGCGAAGGUGCGAGCGCUAGAGGAGAAACAUAAGCAACAGUACGAGGAGAUGGAAGCGGAGCUGCUGCUGCAGAAAAAGGAAAGGGAGAUGCAGCGUGCGUUCGAGCAGCGAAAGACGGAGUUGGAGCUGCAGAUGCGCGCUGAAGAGGAAGAAAAACAAAGGCAAUGGCAAGCAGAGAUGCUCCAAAAGAAGAAGGAGCAGAUUCAGCGGCUGAAGGCGAACCGGGAGUCGUCGUUCGAGAUGGAAAUGGCGGCGAUGGAUGAGGAGUUAGCGGAAUUUUCGGGUCAAAAGUCGAAGCCGGCGCCGAAAGUAGUCAAGGACGUUUCGCGAGCGGGACCUUCCGGCAAAAUCAACAAAAACGUGUUGAAGCUGAGAAAGGCGAACGUGAAGAAGCUAACGCGAGACUACGAGAGCACAGACGGAGGAGACGAGGACGAUGAAAACUCCGACGAUUCCGAUCUGUCAACCCAGAGUUCGGAUUCUUCCAUGGAAGCUAGAGCGAGAAAAAGCGUUCCAAGGAAGACGUGCAAGAAAGUGGGAAGUGUCAGCCAAAACGGGCUGGGGAAGCAGCAGACCGGACCGACGAAGGCCCAGCUGGCCGCGAGGAUGGGAUUAACUUACAAACUCCCAAAAUUCUCCGGCAAACCAGCGCAAUGGCCAUUGUUCUACGCGGCCUACAAAGUGUCCAACGAUGUCUGCGGCUACAUGAACCACGAGAACUUAAUGCGACUACAGGAAGCCCUGGAAGGCGACGCCCUCGAGCUAGUGUCUGGGCAGUUGCUACUUCCCGAAACCAUUCCACAGGUCAUCGAAAAGCUGCGCCGGCACUUCGGCCGCCCGGAACAACUGCUUCAAUGCCUGCUGGACAAGGUGAACCGGCUGGAACCCCCGAGGCCGGACAAUCUGAGGAGUUUUGUUCCAUUCGGAAACACGGUGGAGCAACUCUGCGGCCAUCUGGAGGCAGCGGAUCUACGGCAACACCUCGUCAACCCGCUGCUGAUAAAGUCGUUGGUUGCCAAGCUGCCGGAUCGGGAAAAGCGUGAGUGGGUUCACUACCGGCGAGGUCGAGGGGAAACAACGUUGCGAACGCUGACGGAUUUCCUGAUGGACAUCGUGGCAGACGCCUGCGAAGCUAACGUUGACGUGGAGUUCAAUCCAACGCCGUCGUCUGAGUCAGAUUCCCAAUCCGAAGAGGAGAGUUCGAACGAGGCUGGACUAUUCUGUCACUGCGAAGCCAGCAGUUCGACCUACAAUGCAAGUGAAGAGAGUAAGCUGAAACCGUGCAAGAUGUGCCAAUCCAAGGAUCAUCGUCUGCAGCACUGCGCGGAUUUCAAGAAGUUGCGGUACGAUGAGCGUUUGAAGCUGGUGACGCACGAGAAGUUGUGCCAUGUCUGCCUCAACGAGCACGGCGGGCAGUGCAAAUUCGGAAUCCGUUGCAACAUCGGCGAUUGCAGAGAGUUCCACAACCCGCUCAUGCAUCCGGUCGGAAACACGGUCGGGCUGAGUGCACAAAUCCGGACAAACUGCACGUUCUUGUUUCGGAUCGUUCCGGUACAGCUGCACUGCGGAGAUAAAACAGUUUCGGUGUUGGCAUUCCUGGACGAAGGAGCUUCCGUCACGCUGGUGGAGAAAAAGCUCGCCGACCGUCUGGGCGCGGUCGGAGUACAAGAGCGAUUGACCAUCCAGUGGACGGGAAACAUGUCGAGAGUGGAGGAUUCCCGAAGAAUAAGCCUUUGGGCGUCGGGAACAGAGGCUGCAGCUGGCGGCAAGAUGCUGUUGCACACUGUGCACACGGUGAAUAACUUGAUGCUGCCGCAUCAAAAGCUGGAUUCGAAGGAGCUUGCAGCACAGUACAAGUAUAUGCGAGGGCUGCCCAUCGAGUCGUACGAUGGACAGCCGCAGUUGCUGAUUGGGGCGAACAAUAUCCACGCGUUUGCGCCGAUAGAGGCAAAGGUGGGUACGCCCAGGGAACCGAUUGCAGUGCGUACCAAACUGGGAUGGACUGUGUAUGGGCCGCGGCAGACAGCCUCGGCGGCGGCCGGUAACUAUUUCGGCUACCAUCGGCAGAUAACAAACGACGAUCUGCCGCCCGAGCUAUUCAAGAGCCAAUUUUCGUUGGAAGAAUCGGAGGUGGCAAUUCCACGGGGAAAGAAGAAAUGUGUCCUAAAAAUACGAGGGCGAACCACCCCACUUGCCGGCGAUCACUGUGAUACCGAAUUGCUGUCGAAAGAUCGCCCAGCACCGAGGAAGUUAGGCGUUCGACACUACAGACCCGGAAGAACCACAACGAACAUAGCGAUUCUCGUUCCGAACGCAAGAAGACAGGUUGAACAACACAAUAGGCGGGAUCGAAAUCCGAAAUCCGCUGGAAGCUCUACGGGGCCUACAAGAGGCGAAGCCAGCCACACCGGCGCAUGUGAACCGUGGCAUCCUGCAGAUGGUGAAGGAAAGAUUCCUGGGAGCGAUCUGAGAUCAAAGUGGGGACCAGCGAUCUCGACAAGGCAUCGCGGCGAGUUCUUGCCGUAUCUGUACAAGGGAAAGCGGUCGACGAGAAGGCUCGUGGCAAGUGGCGCAAAACCGGAGGAAGUCAAAAUCGAUCAGCGUAAAAAGUGUGGGGUGAUGCGCGCGCUCGAUGAGGGGCGCAAGUUGCCGGGUGGAAUCCUGCCAACGACACUACCGGAGGCGGCUGGCAAUGGUUCGACGAUCAGCAGCAGAUCGAAAAGUGUGAUUAUUCGUGGUCGACGGGAAAUCCCGGAAUUCUUGGAGAUGGAGCUUGAUCGUUGCGGUCAUCAAGGUCUCAAACGGACGAGCUCGAUAGACCAACGGGAGGACAUAGAUGGUAAGGUGCAGAUACGAGACGUAGUACAGUUUGCGGCGUUAGAAAGAAAGGUAAAUCCGGAAAUGCCGGAUGUUACGGGCUGGGGUGUUGCGACGCCGCUACUAAAUAAGAUUUUUUGAACCGGCCUAAUAAUGGAUCAGUCUAGCCGUAGCAUAACUGCAGCAUGACAGUUCGCAUGCGUGAUAGUAGUGGUAGGUGGAAUGAGAAAUACGUAUAUGAGAUGUGUGAUGCAGUAGAAGGCAAAAGAACCAAAACAAUUUCGCCAUCGUAAAAACACCCAAGUUAAUGCAGUUUGAAUUUAUUUGGAAUUAAAUUAAAUUGAAGUGCGUUUAAUUCAGUUAUAAAUAGGAGUGCGGUGAAAUGCAAUAUCGGGAAAUUAUCCGUACCUCGAUCAGUAAGUUGAAGCCUGUGAACAAAAAUGUAGUUUAUUUGUGUUAUGCUUACCUGGAUUUUUCCCUCCAGCAACCUGUAUAUCGAUAACUGUAGAAUCCUGAAACAAGGAAAAGUAGGCCAAAAAGCUACCGCGCGACUAAAUCACAUUGUAAGUAGAUACCAAUAGAGAUACCAUGUGAUAGUUAAUAGAAGGAGCAUAAUGCAAUUCCAAAAUUAGCAUCCGUGCGACGAACACCGAUUAGGGUAACGGUCCCAAGUAUCAUCCAACGCGGACGAAUCAUUCGGAAAGGAAUCGUGGUAGAGGAAACCACUUAAUUGUGAGUAGUAUUAAGAUAAGUUAUGUAAGAAAAAUAUUUAAUUAUUGCGUUUAAUAAAUUGCAGUUUAAGCAUCGCUGUAAACAAAACGGCUGCUUUAAAAACCGGUUUCCCUCUCGGGAACAGAUAGGGAGACAUAUGUCGCACUUCCAACACUCCUCCUCGACAUCGUCUGCUAUAAUUCUUUCCAACUAUCGUAUAUUUCACAAAAAAAUCUACUUGCAUAAUAUAAUACAAACAUUGAGAUAAACAUCUUACACAUUUAGAACAUCGGACGUAGGGGUAUCGGACGUAGCCUUAUUAUCUAAAAUCCAAUGAGUUGAUGACAAAACAUUAGUCAAAAAAUCCGUUUACCUUGAAAAAUUUAUCAAAAUGCGUAAAGUGGUCAUGUACUGGGAAAAUAUUAUAAGAAUCAGGUGACCUAAAAUAAGGUGUUUGGUAUCGAAAUCACAACUUAGUGGGCAUCUGUCGAUUUUCUUGAUAUUCCCUAGGCCAAUGAAAUGUAUUUGUAACUUUUCUACUAUUUGUAUAAUUAUUUUGUUGAAAAAAUAUACUUCAAAGAGC